GCUGCUUCUCCCUCCUGAGCGAGAGAGCCACCCCUCUCUCCUGAAUUUCUUUCUCUCACUAGCUCCCAAGCGAGACCAAGCAGAGGCUCUUGGAGCCCCAGCUCCUACUCAGGGCUCUUGGGAUGCGCGACCUUCUCUCGGAAAGGGCGCGAGGAUAAAGGUUCACUGAUGGCUCAGUUGGGAGCAGUUGUGGCUGUGGCUGCCAGUUUCUUUUGUGCAUCUCUCUUCUCAGCUGUACACAAGAUAGAAGAGGGACAUAUUGGGGUAUAUUACAGAGGGGGUGCCCUGCUGACUUCCACCAGUGGCCCUGGCUUCCAUCUCAUGCUCCCUUUCAUCACAUCAUACAAGUCUGUGCAGACCACACUGCAGACGGAUGAGGUGAAGAAUGUACCUUGUGGGACUAGUGGUGGUGUGAUGAUCUACUUUGACAGAAUUGAAGUGGUGAACUUUCUGGUCCCAAAUGCAGUGUAUGAUAUAGUGAAGAACUAUACCGCUGACUACGACAAGGCCCUCAUCUUCAACAAGAUCCACCACGAACUGAACCAGUUCUGCAGUGUGCACACACUUCAGGAGGUCUACAUUGAGCUCUUUGAUCAGAUUGAUGAAAAUCUCAAAUUGGCUUUGCAACAGGACCUGACCUCCAUGGCCCCUGGGCUUGUCAUCCAGGCUGUUCGGGUGACAAAGCCCAAUAUACCCGAGGCGAUCCGCAGAAACUACGAGUUGAUGGAAAGCGAGAAGACAAAGCUGCUUAUUGCAGCCCAGAAACAGAAGGUGGUGGAAAAAGAAGCUGAGACAGAGCGGAAGAAGGCCCUCAUUGAGGCGGAAAAAGUAGCCCAGGUUGCAGAAAUCACCUAUGGACAGAAGGUGAUGGAAAAGGAGACUGAGAAGAAGAUUUCAGAAAUUGAAGACGCUGCGUUCCUGGCCCGGGAGAAGGCAAAGGCUGACGCUGAGUGUUACACUGCUAUGAAAAUCGCUGAAGCAAAUAAGCUAAAGCUGACCCCUGAAUAUCUGCAGCUGAUGAAGUACAAGGCCAUUGCUUCCAACAGCAAGAUUUACUUUGGCAAAGACAUCCCUAACAUGUUCGUGGACUCUGCAGGCAGUCUGGGCAAGCAGUUUGAGGGGCUAGCUGACAAGCUGAGUUUUGGUUUAGAAGAUGAACCCUUGGAGGCAGACACCGAGGAUAAUUGAAACAGAAUUUUUAUACAACCUCAGGUGACACUUAAAGAAAGAGAUCUUUAUUUUUUAAUGAUGAACUAGGAUGUUCCUCCCUCUUACACUACCUUCUUUGACUGUCUUCCACGUACUAUGGUGGAAAAAAAGAGGAAACGGACUUAAAUCUAUUCCCCUGGGAAGGGAGGGCAGGGAUUGAUAAUUUUGGGGUUUUAUUCAGGUAUGUAGGCUAUUUGACUUCUGUUAAGAUUUGUAAACCAUGAGUUUGACCUAUGACCUCCCGGUAUUAAUUUUAAUCCUUUGAAGCUGACUUAAUUAAGAAUGCUACCAUUAAGGAGUGGGAGAAAUAGAGGGUGUUGCUUGUAGAUGGUUUGAUUCCCCUUAUUUGGGAAAACACCAUCCAGAGUCUUCGUCCCUGCCUUCGAGGUAGGAGAUGCCUGUGGGUGAGGCUCACAACUGAGCAAAUACGUGCUUGUACGUUUGCCAGGAGAGCCAGGGGGAACAACUGCAGCAUGUUUGGCUUUCCUGGCAUUUUUGUCAGUGCAGGCAUGAGUUAUUCAGAGGUGCACUUACUGAGCCCUCAUAAGGAAGAACGGGUGCUAGAUUUUGCAAGCUUUUCUAUACAUGCUACCCUCGUUGCCCUCGGGCUUAAAGUGGUGUUUCUGACUGCAUUGCCAGAGCCAAGGUCUGCUCAUUGCCACACAGUUCUUUUUAAAACUUUUCACCUAGUCUGUGAUUUGGGGAUAUUUUUUCCCCUCUCAAUCUCUUUGUUGGUUCCAGUCAGCAUCAAGAAGACAGGAACAAGCAACUCAAGUGUCUUAAUAGCUGCUAAAGUGGGAUCAUUAUGUCUGUUAGCAACUAAGGUACCUGCUUGGCAAACUCUGUAUGUUCCUUGAUGUCAAGUGUCUUUUUAUUGUUGUGGCAAUUCUACAGUGAAGAUUCUCUGGAAGAGAAGGGAGGCUCAUCCAAAAGCAUUCCUAACCUUAAGGUAUAUGGCUUGUGCUGGGAGUUUGGUGUCGUGAUAGACCCAUUUUUAAACCCAGGGCUUCAGGCUGCCACACAGACAUCAGACUGAAUAUUCAGUCUCCAGAGACAGCUGUGUGGGUGCAAGUCCAAGUUCCUGCCCAAGUCCCUGGGUUGAAGCCGCUGCAUCAAAAUCUGUGCCGAUGUUUUCUUUCUCAUUGCUAAUUAGGAAAAGUUUCAGUCACCUGGGAGAUUUGGGAAGGGGGAGAGCAAACAUGAAAGAAAGAUGUUCUUAUAUCCUGGAAUUGGAGUUGGGGGUAGGGACAGCCUGCAUAGGCCUUGAGUUGAGCACCAUAUUGUUAAGUGGAGGACAGCUAUCUGGAGUUAACAUGCAAGCAUGUUGGUGUUCUCCAUGAUGAGCUCUGGUUCAGGAUUUGUUAGAUUCUUCCCCUCCCCCCAGAAAACCCCUCUCUACACCCAGUGGCUCAACGAGUCUGUGAAUGCUCCUUUGUGGCACAGGUCCCCGCUUACUCUUUGGUCCCCUGCUCAGACUUCUAGUUUAUCAAAUGGCUCCAGAACUCAAGGCCAGCUUACCCCUAAGUAGCAAGUUUGGGGAGCUUUCUGCCUGCCCAGGAAGAAACAAAAUGUUACCUCCUCUUAAUUCAGAUGUUGCCCUUCUCUUUUCUGACUUUUGGGUCUAGAAUCUUCAAACCACGGUUCCUGAUCACAUUUUGUGCAGGCAGCCAAAUGUUCCUGGGAGUGAUGAAUUUCAGCAUGCUCUGAAGUCCUCGCAGAAGGCAGCCAGUCUCCCAAGACCAACAUAGAGUAUCCAUUAUUAACAUAUUCUCACCCUCCUCCCACUCCAGUGCCAUUAAUCACCUGUUAGAAGCAACAUGUCAGGUCCCCCAUCCCUAAUUUACAUAUUUGUCUGUUCCCUGUACUCUGAGAAUUGCUACCUAGGCCUCAGAAUACACUACUUCACUACAAUUGAAUAAGUAGCAAGGGUAUCUCAGUCUGUUGGAAUAGCAUGUUUGCUCAGGUUCUUAUGUGAAAAGUCUCCUAACACUAACAUCCUGUGGUAGCUUGUCCCUUACGUUAGAUGCUCUUUGACCACAGGAGAGCCUCAGUGAAGUCCUGCAGCCUCUACUCCCCUUGAUGUUAACGUCGCUUCUUCCUUAAACAAGAAAUAUAAAUGUUAUAGUUCUCACUAGUUUGAAUCCAGUGGUUGUCUGUACAUGCCUCAAUAGUAAGAUCAUGGAAGUCACCUCUUUCCUUAGCAUGGGACAACUAACCAAUCUGUCUGUGUGACUUUCUUUAGCACUUACUAGAAAAUCUGAUCUUAACAUUUGAAUCCUAAACACAUAAAAUGUGACAGCCUGCAGUUUUGUAGGCAGUAAAGUCAUGGCUGCUAUUUAUAAAUGGAACUUCUAUCAAAAUAAGUAACUGUUUAUAAAAUUCAGUUUUUGUAGAAUUUUCCAAGGAAAAGUCACCUUGGUUGAAUGUUUCUCACUCAUUAAACUUUGCAGAAGUGAUUCAUAUUCAGUAUUGUUUCUAAUCACUUUUUUAUAUAAGGACAGAAUGUUUACAAGGAAGCCAAAGUUUGUUAAUUUUUAUAUAACUAAAAUAAGAUAAAUUUGGAGAAAUCUAUAAUCAUAUUAAGUUGAGGGAGAAAAGAAAUCACUGAAAGAAUUUUAGCAAUACUCAGGAGCAAGUGGUGGCGGGUAAAUGGAGACAAAUGUAUUUGAACAAUAUAAAUAAAUAAAUAAAUAAAAAUGUUAAAAAAUACUACAAAAGAAGGAAUUUUAGCAAUAUAGGCAGGUCCUCAAAUAACAUCUUUUGAUUCAACAGGAUUUUGUUACAACAUUGAUAAGAUACCAUAGGAACUCAACUUUUGUUUAUAUCAAUUAGCCUGUCAUAAAAUCAUUAUACAUCAUUUUACUUAAAGUCACAGAACCUGUUGACAAUGCUGGGGACUUACUGUGUAUUGAUCCAAAAAAAGAUGUUUUAUAAAUGCUCUGUUGCAAUUUCUAUGGGUCUAUCAACACUGCUAAGUUUAUCAUUUAUAGAGAGUAGUGGAAGUAAGAUCAUCAUAUUUACUGACUUACCUAUUUGCGUUUGAGGAUCAAAUGUACAGAUGCUCCUCAACUUAUGAUGGGGUUUUGUCCCAAUAAACCCAUUAUAAGUUGAAAAUAUCAUUAAGUUGCCCUGACCAGUGUGGCUUGGUUGGUUGGAGCAUUGUCCUGUGCACCAAAAGAUUGCAGGUUCAAUUCCCUGUCAGGGUAUAUACCUAGGUUACAGGUACCUGGUCGGGACACGUGCAGGAGGCAAC